AUGGAACGGCUUCCGACUCGGCCACAGUAUUCGGGGCGGUGGUCAAGGCCUGCCAACCACCUUGCCUAUAUUGUUGAAGAUGAGGCAUCCCUCGAAGGAGUAAAAGUACAGUUAAAGGACGGCCGUUUGCGACUCAAGCUACCUCGACAAUUGCGCAACGUCCGCCUCCACGUAUGGAACAGCCCAACACCUCCUAAUUUAUCGCUCUGUAUGGGUCAUCCGAAAAAGAUAAUGCCAAUACAGCGCUUUAAUGUUGUUGAGUUGAGUGAAAUACGAGGGAUCACAUUCUAUCUCGAUACUACCGUUGUGUUGGCUAUGCAUAUCCACCUCACGGAGCAAGAAUCCACCCUUUGGACAGAUAAAGCUGUCUUGGAAGAGAAACGUCCUGAUGUUGUCUUUUCGGAGCCUCUUCGGGUGUAUCUGCCUUUACCAAAGGGUGACCGGAUAACCUACCUCGGCGCCAAUGGAUCAGAUGAUCGUUUAAAUGUCAUCUUUGUGAGAAUGGAAAAGGCCGGUGAUAUCACUAUUGGACAGCGUCAACCAAACUGCAGUGAAGACAAGGUUUUAGCAUUGCAGAACCCCGUCUCGUUGGUUUACUGCGAGCCUAACAAAAGAGAGAUGUUACCCUUCUUUGGUGCAUAUCAAGCAUCCCCAGCAACUUUCGACGUCGCCAGCCGCCCGAUAUUCGCUGACCCUGGUGCAAACCAGAUGGGCCAAUUCACUUAUUACUCUUGGGCCAGUUUGGAUGGAGUUUCCUCUGUUGUGAUAUUUUACGAGGGUGAUUUAGACUUUUGCCGAGGCCUCAUGUUCUACUAUGAGAAUGGUGCCCGUCGUACAGUCGGAGACUGUCGUGUACAGAUGGAUCGGGAAGCGACCGUGGACAAACCAACUCAAAUCUGUUACAGAACCAAGAUUCCGGAGAUUGGAAAUUACGAAAAUGGAAUAGGAACGGUGUGCAAAUUACGGGUGGAGUUUGAGCAUCACAAUGGACAUGAUGAUGAACGCUGGCACUGUCUUCCUUUCAGGGGAAUCAUACGAUUUUGGAUUGCAGGAGGAUUCUCGUGGCUGUCUGUCGAGCAAUAA